GGGGGAAGGAGGGGACAUAUUAUUUCUUUAUAGAGGAGAGGAGAUAGAAUAUAGAGAGCAUUUAUUUCCUCUUCCUCAUCUGAGACACAAACACACAGUGCCACUCCCUACAAUUCAAACCUAACCCCCCAAAAAAAAGAAAGAGAGGAAAAUCUAGUCUUUGUUCCAACCGAUCAAACAGAGAAAAAAAAAAAACCAAAGAGAGGGUUUUAGGGUUGAAAUUUUUGUUCGAGGGGACAAAAAAAGAUGAGAGAAAUCAUCAGCAUACACAUAGGUCAAGCUGGGAUUCAGGUCGGUAACUCUUGUUGGGAGCUCUAUUGCCUUGAACAUGGCAUUCAGCCUGAUGGCAUGAUGCCCAGGUCCGUUUUUUCUCUACAUCUUUUCCUAUUUGUUUUUUUUUUAUUUUUUUAUUUCCGUUUUUGGUUUCUGUGAAAUUCAGUUCCCCUGAUCUUGUUUUCUGUCAUGUUGUUUUGGAUAUUUUUGGCCAUCCCUAAUACUUCGUUUUUUUUUUCUUCAAAUGGGUGGCGUCGGCAUAGGCUGUAUUUGGUUCCAUAGAUCCGGAUUGGAAUUCAUGGUCUUCUUUUGAAUUUCCAUUUUUCGAAAUGGGUUGCGCUCAUUUUGUUCCCUCUUGUUGGAAUUUUGACAGAGUUGUUGUGUUUAUUUACUCUUUUUUUUUUUGUUUUUGCUUAUUUUGGUCCUCUUUCGUUUCAUUUUAUUGGGUUUUCUUGGUUGGUGCCAUAUGAUCGGUGUUGGAAUUUUGAAGAGAUUGGGCUGUUGUAAUUUUGCCCUGAAUUUGAAGUUCCUAUAAAUGCUCUUGGAUCUGAGUUGUAAUCUGAAUAUUUUAUCUUCUUGUGACACUUCGGUGGGUGUUGCACAUGAUGCUUUCAACACCUUUUUUAGUGAAACUGGAGCUGGAAAGCACGUACCCAGGGCCAUAUUUGUUGAUCUUGAGCCCACCGUUAUUGAUGAAGUCAGGGCAGGGACUUACCGCCAGCUUUUCCACCCCGAACAGCUCAUUUCCGGAAAGGAAGAUGCUGCCAACAACUUUGCAAGGGGGCAUUACACAGUGGGAAAGGAGAUUGUUGAUCUUUGCCUGGAUAGGGUGCGGAAAUUGGCUGAUAACUGCACCGGCUUGCAAGGCUUCCUGGUGUUUAAUGCUGUAGGUGGUGGUACUGGCUCUGGAUUGGGUUCUCUCUUGUUGGAGCGCUUGUCUGUGGAUUACGGGAAAAAGUCUAAGCUUGGCUUCACCAUCUAUCCCUCUCCACAGGUCUCUACUGCUGUUGUGGAGCCUUAUAACAGUGUUCUCUCUACUCAUUCCCUCCUUGAGCACACAGAUGUGGCCGUGCUCUUGGAUAAUGAAGCAAUUUAUGAUAUUUGUAGGAGAUCUCUUGAUAUUGAGAGACCUACUUACACUAAUUUGAACCGCUUGAUUUCUCAAAUUAUUUCAUCUUUGACUACUUCUUUACGAUUCGAUGGAGCCAUUAACGUGGACAUCACAGAGUUUCAGACCAACCUUGUGCCGUAUCCCCGUAUCCAUUUCAUGCUCUCCUCUUAUGCCCCGGUAAUAUCAGCUGAGAAAGCUUAUCAUGAACAGCUCUCAGUUCCUGAGAUUACGAAUGCAGUCUUUGAACCGUCAAGCAUGAUGGCCAAAUGUGACCCCAGACAUGGCAAAUACAUGGCUUGCUGCUUGAUGUACCGUGGUGAUGUUGUUCCCAAAGAUGUCAAUGCUGCUGUUGCUACCAUCAAAACCAAGAGGACAGUCCAAUUUGUUGACUGGUGCCCAACUGGUUUCAAAUGUGGUAUCAAUUAUCAACCUCCAACUGUAGUACCUGGAGGUGACCUUGCCAAGGUACAACGUGCUGUAUGCAUGAUCAGCAACAACACAGCAGUGGCCGAGGUGUUCUCUCGUAUUGACCACAAAUUUGAUCUCAUGUACUCUAAGAGGGCAUUUGUGCACUGGUAUGUGGGUGAGGGAAUGGAAGAAGGUGAAUUCUCUGAGGCCCGCGAGGACUUGGCCGCACUGGAGAAGGAUUACGAGGAAGUUGGUGCUGAAGGUGUCGAUGAAGAAGAGGAACCGGAAGACUAUUGAUUUUUAUGUAAAAUUGGCACCUCAUGAAUCCCAUUCCCAAGGGCCUCUCAUGGUCUCUUGGCUGUUUGUAUCUUUCUACUCGUCUUUUUUUUGUGUAUCUUUUGUUUGUUUAGAUAAAGAAGAAUGGAAGUGGUGAAAUUUGUUGUCUAUCUUUUCUAAUCCUUGAUGGAAUGAUAUGCUAAUCCCAAAGUUCAUUAGCAAACUGAAACCAGUUGUGAUAUAAAUAUGUUAGUGGUGGUUUUGGAGUUCAGCUGUCCAACCAAAUUUUACGCACUAUCACGCAAUUUUGCC